AUGUCGACAGAAGACGAAUGGUCUUGCGACGCCAACGACGCCGUUCAAAUCACCAUUGUUCAACCCGAUCAGCAAAAGCCCAAGACACUCUCGACCUUUCAUCCCCAAUUCACAUAUCCGAUCUUCGGCGAAGAUGAGCGCAUCUUCGGCUACAAGGGAUUAAUUAUCCGGCUGCGAUUUGCCGCGCAUAAUCUUCGUCCUCAUCUCCAUGUUUCGCACGAUGAGAAGUUCACGGCUGUGGAAGAUGCCGAGCCUACUGAUGUUACCGGGGCAUUGAAGGAUUUCCUCCCUGAAGAGGCCUUAUCUUCACUAUCCGAGUUCGAAAGCGCCGUCCAGGAGGAAGACGAAAAGGAUUUUGUGCCACCGGGCGAGCUCGCGCAUAGCUAUUCUGUUCGCGGACGAGACUACGAGAUCUGGGCCGCGUCCCUUGCGGAUCCUCAAGUGCAGCUGUUGCUGAACCGGUUUCAGAUUAUGGUAUCAUUUUUCAUCGAGGCUGGAACACCUCUCACAACAGAUGACCCUGAAUGGACACUGGAUCGGUGGACAGUUUACUUUGUAUAUGAGAAGGUCGAGCCUCCCACUCCGAAAGGGUCAUCGUACUCCAUAGUCGGUUACGCCACCACCUAUCGAUGGUGGUUUUACAAGAGAGAUCGUUCCGAGCAGCCUACUACUAAAGACUGGCCGUUUCCUGCAGCCGAGCCAGUUCGACCACGGGAGUUGCCGUCAAGACUCCGAAUUGCUCAAUUUCUGAUCCUUCCCCCACAUCAAGGAACCGGACACGGCGUGAAUCUUUACAAUACCAUUCACAAGGCAUGCCUCGACGAUUCAACAAUCGCGGAACUGACCGUCGAGGACCCGAACGAAUCCUUCGACGUGCUCCGGGAUUCGGCCGACUACCAGAUUCUGCGCCCUGAGUUGCUCAAAAAUAACAUCAACAUCAACCCUGACCCAUGGGGCGAGGCCUCUAAAAAGACAAAGCGUGUCCCUACAUUAUCCCUCCUUCCUCUCAAAACCCUCAGCGACAUCCGCACAGCUUUCAAGAUAGAACCAACCCAGUUCGCGCAUAUUCAGGAAAUGUUUCUGCUCAGCCAGAUUCCGCUCAAAAAUCGUCGAAAGGGCGGGGCGAAUAUGGCACGACUUCUCGUCAAGAAACAUAGAGAUGACGACCCGAAUAACCGGCGGUACUAUUGGUGGCGCAUGCUUACGAAACAACGCCUCUACAAGCGCUCUCGGGAUGUGCUGAUCCAGCUGAAGAUGAGCGAGCGUCAUACAGCCCUCGAAGAUACCGUCACAAAUGUGGAGGAUGGAUACGAGCAGCUUUUCGGGUUCUUCGACGAACGAGAGGAGCGCCUCAAAGCCCAACAAGAAGAAGCCGAAGCGUCAAACAACAGAGAGCAGCGAACAAAGCGAAAAUUCACCGUGGAGGAUGAAGAUGAUGAGGAAGACGAGUCUGCGGCUGCAAAACGACCAAAGCUCCCUCUCGGUCUCUUGACGGCCGCCCAAGGUCACCCCAUGCUCGUCGAGCUCAAGAACGGCGAGACCCUGAACGGACACCUUGCCAACUGCGAUAACUGGAUGAACUUAAUACUGCGGGAGGUCGUUCAAACAAGCCCCGAGGGCGAUCGCUUUUUCAAACUCCCCGAAGUUUACGUCCGCGGAAACAACAUCAAAUACCUACGGAUCCCGGAAGAGAUCAUCGAGAUGGUCAAGGAACAGCAGCAGAACCAACCUCAAAAUCGCAACCGCGGGCCUCGUGAGGGUGGACGGGGAGACCGAGGAGGCCGUGGUGGUCGGGGCCGUGGACGCGGGCGCGGUCGGGGUGGAAACUAA